CUAUCUGCAACAAUAUAUAUUAUAACUACAACAACAAGUAGUAGUGGGAAAGGAUAAAAAAAAAAAAAAAAGAAAGAAAGAAUGUCAGUUUGGGUUUUCAAUAAUCCUAAUGGCGUAAUAACCACCCAAAGCGCUUCCAAGAGAAAGGCUUUGGUGCACUUGCCUACUGGGCAAGUCAUAUCUUCUUACCCUUCCCUGGAGCAAAUACUGAGAGAAUUAGGGUGGGAGAGGUACUAUGGGGGUGACUCUGAUCUCUUCCAAUUCCAUAAACACUCUUCCAUUGACCUAAUCUCUCUGCCAAGGGAUUUCUCCAAGUUCACCUCUGUUUACAUGUACGAUAUAGUGAUUAAGAACCCCAAUAUCUUCCACGUCCGCGAUAUGUAACACAAGCUGCUCUGCGUCUGCUAUCUGUACUAUAUAUUGCUAGCUUGGUUUGAUCAAUCCUUUUCUUUAUAUUUCUUAUAUAUUUGGGAAUUACAGUUGGGAUUUGGUGUGUUGUGUUACUUGUGAGUUUGUGUAGGCUAAGGUUAUUUCCUUUCUUCAGUAUAGAAAUAAGAAGGGAAUUGGGUGUUAGUGUUUUUUGUAUUGUACUAGUUUGUUUUAUGUUUAAGUUAAUAUACUGAAUUGGCUCUUAUU